ACCAGCAGCGGACGAAGUGAGAGAAGUGACAGAGACUAAAAUCUCUUGCUGAAGAACAAGAGAAAAGAUGAACACUGAUAUCACUGCAUCGGCGAAACCAGAGUACCCAGUUAUAGAUCGCAAUCCUCCAUUCACUAAGGUCGUCGGUAACUUCAACUUUCUCGAUUACUGCCGUUUUGCCACCAUCACAGGCGUCUCCGUCACCGUCGGCUACCUCUCUGGGAUAAAGCCAGGUAUAAAGGGACCGUCGAUGGUUACUGGAGGAUUGAUAGGCCUUAUGGGGGGUUUCAUGUACGCUUAUCAAAACUCCGCGGGUCGACUCAUGGGGUUUUUCCCAAAUGAGUGUGAGGUUGCUCAAUACCAGAAACAUGGUUUCAACAAAUAGGAUUUCGGUUGUUCUUAUUAUCGAAUGAUUUUCGCAAGGGGAAAAAGAAUAAAGACCUCUCUUUGUUAUCAUCAUUUCGAAGAUGAUUAUGGUAAUAAUUGGAUUGUCUUUUGCUCUUGUUCACAUUUUGACGCUCAACCUUGCUUAAUUUGGAGAUCAAAUUGGGUUAUGGACCAA